AUUUCCUAUUCAAAACAGGAACAGGGACAACACCACUGUUCAGUACUGCAACACCGGGUUACACAAUGGCAUCCGGCUCUGUUUAUUCCCCUCCUACACGUCCACUACCUAGGAAUACCUUAUCAAGAAGUGCUUUUAAAUUUAAGAAGUCUUCAAAGUACUGUAGCUGGAAAUGUACAGCGCUCUGUGCUGUAGGGGUCUCCGUGCUACUGGCAAUACUACUGUCAUACUUUAUAGCAAUGCAUCUGUUUGGCCUCAACUGGCAGUUACAACAAACUGAAAAUGACACAUUUGAAAAUGGAAAAGUGGAUUCUGAGAGUGUGCCAACAAACACUGUAUCAUUACCUUCUGGUGAAAAUGGAAAAUUAGGAGGAUUUGCACAAGAAAACAAUACAAUAGAUUCCGGAGAACUUGAUAUAGGCCGGAGAUCAACACAAGAGGUUCCUCCUGGGAUCUUCUGGAGGUCACAAGUUUUAAUUGACCAGCCACAGUUUCUAAAAUUCAAUAUCUCCCUUCAGAAAGAUGCAUUGAUUGGAGUGUAUGGCCGAAAAGGCCUACCACCUUCACAUACUCAAUAUGAUUUUGUUGAACUUUUGGAUGGGAGCAGGUUGAUUGCAAGGGAACAGCGCAACCUUCUUGAGGCAGAGAGAGCAGGCAGACAGGCCCGAUCUGUCAGUCUUCACGAAGCAGGUUUCAUCCAGUAUUUGGACGCUGGAAUCUGGCAUCUGGCUUUUUAUAAUGAUGGGAAAAAUGCAGAACAGGUGUCUUUUAAUACCCUUGUUAUAGAAUCCGUGGUGGAAUGCCCCCGAAAUUGCCAUGGAAACGGAGAGUGUGUUUCAGGAACAUGCCAUUGUUUUGCUGGAUUUCUGGGCCCUGAUUGUUCAAGAGCAGCCUGCCCAGUAUUGUGCAGUGGAAAUGGGCAGUAUUCCAAAGGACGCUGUCUCUGUUACAGUGGCUGGAAAGGUACAGAGUGUGAUGUGCUUACCAACCAGUGCAUUGACCCACAGUGUGGGGGCCGUGGGAUUUGCAUCGUUGGCUCUUGUGUCUGCAACUCUGGAUACAAAGGAGAAAACUGUGAGGAAGCGGAUUGCCUAGACCCAGCUUGUUCAAAUCAUGGUGUAUGUAUCCAUGGAGAGUGCCACUGUAAUCCAGGAUGGGCUGGUAACAACUGUGAAAUAUUGAAGACUAUGUGUCCAGAUCAGUGUUCUGGCCAUGGUACUUACCUUCAGGAAAGUGGCACCUGCACUUGUGAUCCUAAUUGGACUGGUCCUGACUGCUCAAAUGAAAUCUGUUCCGUUGACUGUGGUGCACAUGGUGUAUGCAUGGGUGGAACAUGUCGGUGUGAAGAAGGCUGGACCGGCUCAACCUGCAGUCAGAGAGCAUGCCACCCUCGGUGUGCUGAACAUGGAACUUGCAAAGACGGCAAGUGCGAAUGCAGCCAAGGAUGGAAUGGCGAGCACUGCACCAUUGCUCACUAUUUGGAUAAGAUAGUUAAAGAGGGAUGUCCUGGUUUAUGUAAUAGCAAUGGAAGAUGUACUCUGGACCAAAAUGGUUGGCACUGUGUUUGUCAGCCAGGAUGGAGAGGAGCAGGAUGUGAUGUCGCCAUGGAAACUUUAUGUACCGAUAGCAAGGACAAUGAAGGAGAUGGAUUAAUUGACUGCAUGGAUCCUGACUGCUGUUUGCAGAGCUCCUGCCAAAACCAGCCCUACUGUCGUGGACUUCCUGACCCACAAGAUAUUAUUAGCCAAAGCCAGCAAUCGCCAUCUCAGCAGGCUGCCAAAUCCUUUUAUGAUCGGAUCAGUUUUCUUAUAGGACCUGACAGCACCCAUGUCAUUCCUGGGGAAAGCCCCUUCAAUAAAAGUCUUGCAUCUGUCAUUAGGGGACAAGUAUUAACUGCAGAUGGAACACCACUAAUUGGAGUUAAUGUCUCCUUUUUACAUUAUCCAGAUUAUGGGUAUACAAUCACCCGUCAAGAUGGAAUGUUUGACUUGGUAGCAAAUGGUGGUGCAUCCUUAACUCUGGUGUUCGAACGCUCCCCAUUCCUUACUCAAUACCAUACAGUCUGGAUUCCAUGGAAUGUCUUUUAUGUCAUGGAUACCCUUGUUAUGAAGAAGGAGGAAAAUGACAUUCCCAGCUGUGAUCUGAGUGGAUUUGUGAGACCAAAUCCUGUCAUUGUAUCAUCACCCCUAUCAACUUUGUUCAGGAUUUCUCCUGAGGAUAGUCCUAUUAUUCCUGAGACACAGGUACUGCAUGAGGAGACGACAAUUCCAGGAACUGACUUGAAACUAUCAUACUUAAGCUCCAGAGCCGCAGGAUAUAAAUCUGUUCUUAAGAUCACCAUGACUCAAUCAGUGAUACCCUUCAAUUUAAUGAAAGUUCAUCUCAUGGUGGCAGUGGUGGGAAGACUGUUCCAAAAAUGGUUCCCUGCAUCCCCUAAUUUGGCUUACACAUUUAUAUGGGAUAAAACUGACGCAUAUAACCAGAAGGUCUAUGGUUUAUCUGAAGCUGUUGUGUCUGUAGGUUAUGAAUAUGAAUCUUGUUUGGACUUAACACUGUGGGAAAAACGGACUGCUGUUUUACAAGGCUAUGAAUUGGAUGCUUCCAACAUGGGUGGCUGGACACUAGAUAAGCAUCAUGUCUUAGAUGUUCAGAAUGGAAUACUAUACAAAGGCAAUGGGGAAAACCAGUUCAUCUCUCAGCAGCCUCCAGUUGUCAGUAGUAUCAUGGGUAAUGGUCGACGGAGAAGCAUUUCUUGCCCAAGUUGCAAUGGUCAAGCAGAUGGCAAUAAACUUUUGGCUCCAGUGGCCUUAGCUUGUGGUAUUAAUGGAAGUCUUUAUGUAGGAGAUUUCAACUAUGUUCGACGGAUUUUCCCAUCUGGAAAUGUUACAAGUGUUCUUGAACUAAGAAAUAAAGAUUUUAGACAUAGCAGUAACCCAGCGCACAGAUACUACCUCGCAACUGACCCAGUCACAGGAGAAUUGUAUGUCUCUGACACAAAUACCCGACGGAUUUAUCGUCCGAAGUCACUCACUGGGGCCAAGGACCUGACAAAGAAUUUUGAUGUGGUAGCAGGGACAGGAGAACAGUGUCUUCCAUUUGACGAAGCAAGAUGUGGCGAUGGUGGCAAGGCAGUGGAAGCAACUCUCAUGAGUCCCAAAGGUGUGGCCGUAGACAAGAAUGGAUUAAUUUACUUUGUUGAUGGGACCAUGAUCAGGAAAGUGGACCAGAAUGGAAUAAUAUCCACUUUGCUUGGCUCAAAUGACCUGACUUCAGCACGCCCUCUAACAUGUGACACCAGUAUGCAUAUUAGCCAGGUACGUCUGGAGUGGCCCACAGAUUUGGCUAUUAACCCAAUGGAUAAUUCCAUAUAUGUGCUGGAUAAUAAUGUCGUCCUUCAGAUUACUGAAAAUCGGCAGGUCCGUAUUGCUGCUGGGAGGCCAAUGCAUUGCCAGGUCCCAGGAGUGGAAUACACAGUGGGUAAACAUGCUGUGCAAACAACAUUAGAAUCGGCCACAGCUAUUGCUGUGUCUUAUAAUGGAGUGCUUUACAUUACAGAAACUGAUGAAAAAAAGAUUAACAGAAUAAGGCAGGUCACAACUGACGGUGAGAUCUCUUUAGUUGCUGGAAUACCCUCUGAGUGUGAUUGCAAGAAUGAUGUUAACUGUGACUGCUACCAGAAUGGGGAUGGUUAUGCUAAAGAUGCCAAAUUGAAUGCCCCAUCAUCAUUAGCUGUAUCGCCAGAUGGAACGUUGUACAUUGCAGAUCUUGGAAAUAUUCGGAUACGAGCAGUAUCGAAGAACAGACCUUUGCUGAAUUCUCUCAACUUUUAUGAAGUUGCCUCUCCAACUGAUCAGGAACUCUAUAUUUUUGAUGUCAAUGGGACUCAUCAAUACACUAUGAAUUUAGUCACAGGAGAUUAUCUGUACAAUUUCAGCUACAGUAAUGACAAUGAUAUCACUGCAGUGACAGACAGCAAUGGAAAUACCCUUCGUAUUAGACGGGAUCCCAAUCGGAUGCCAGUGAGGGUGGUGUCUCCUGAUAACCAAGUCAUUUGGUUGACUAUAGGUACUAAUGGAUGUCUGAAAAGCAUGACAGCCCAAGGACAAGAGCUUGUCUUGUUUACAUAUCAUGGCAACAGCGGACUUUUGGCGACUAAAAGUGAUGAGACUGGAUGGACCACUUUUUUUGACUACGACAGUGAAGGGCGGCUAACCAAUGUCACAUUUCCAACUGGAGUGGUGACCAACCUCCACGGGGAAAUGGAAAGAGCCAUUACAGUCGACAUUGAAUCAUCUAGCAGAGACGAAGAUGUUGGCAUCACUUCAAAUCUGUCAUCAGUUGAUUCUUUCUACACUAUGGUCCAAGAUCAGUUGAGAAACAGCUACCAGAUUGGUUAUGAUGGGUCCCUCAGAAUUAUUUAUGCUAGUGGUCUGGAUACGCACUACCAAACAGAACCACAUGUGUUAGCCGGCACAGCCAAUCCAACUGUAGCAAAAAGAAAUAUGACUCUCCCUGGAGAAAAUGGCCAGAAUUUAGUAGAGUGGAGAUUCCGAAAAGAACAAGCCCAAGGCAAAAUCAAUGUGUUUGGUCGAAAACUCAGAGUUAAUGGCAGGAACCUCCUUUCAGUCGACUUUGACCGGAUGACAAAGACGGAAAAGAUCUACGAUGACCAUCGUAAAUUUCUGUUAAGGAUUGCCUAUGAUACAUCAGGACAUCCAACUCUCUGGCUACCAAGCAGCAAGCUGAUGGCCGUCAAUGUGACCUAUUCAUCUACAGGUCAAAUUGGUAGUAUCCAGCGUGGGACCACAAGUGAAAAAGUGGACUACGAUGGCCAGGGUAGGAUUGUAUCUAGAGUGUUUGCUGAUGGCAAAACAUGGAGUUACACAUAUCUUGAAAAGUCUAUGGUCCUUUUGCUGCACAGCCAACGUCAAUACAUCUUUGAAUAUGACUUACUGGACCGGUUGUCUGCUAUAACCAUGCCUAGUGUUGCUCGUCAUACCAUGCAGACUAUUCGUUCCAUUGGCUAUUAUCGGAACAUCUACAAUCCUCCUGAAAGCAAUGCCUCUGUCAUCAUGGACUACAACGAAGAAGGGCAGCUGUUACAAACUGCUUUCUUGGGAACAAGCCGAAGAGUCCUGUUCAAAUACCGAAGACAAACCAGGCUCUCAGAAAUUCUGUAUGAUAGUACAAGAGUCAGUUUUACUUAUGAUGAGACAGCAGGGGUCCUGAAAACAGUAAACCUCCAGAGCGAUGGUUUUAUCUGCACCAUUAGAUACAGACAAAUUGGCCCAUUGAUUGACAGGCAGAUUUUCCGCUUUAGUGAAGACGGAAUGGUAAACGCCCGAUUUGACUAUAGCUAUGACAAUAGCUUCAGAGUGACUAGCAUGCAAGGCGUUAUCAAUGAAACUCCAUUGCCUAUUGAUCUUUACCAGUUUGAUGAUAUUUCUGGAAAAGUUGAGCAGUUUGGAAAAUUUGGGGUUAUAUAUUAUGAUAUUAACCAGAUAAUCUCAACAGCCGUAAUGACUUACACAAAACACUUUGAUGCCCAUGGGCGCAUAAAGGAAAUACAAUAUGAAAUAUUCAGGUCACUUAUGUACUGGAUUACGAUUCAGUAUGAUAACAUGGGACGGGUCACUAAAAGAGAAAUCAAAAUAGGGCCAUUCGCUAACACAACCAAGUAUGCUUAUGAAUAUGACGUCGAUGGUCAGCUACAGACUGUUUACCUCAAUGAGAAAAUAAUGUGGCGAUACAACUAUGAUUUGAAUGGCAACCUCCACUUGCUCAACCCAAGUAAUAGUGCUCGUUUGACACCACUUCGGUAUGAUUUGAGAGACAGAAUCACUCGACUAGGUGAUGUUCAAUACCGGUUAGAUGAAGAUGGAUUCCUGCGUCAGAGGGGUACUGAGAUCUUUGAAUACAGCUCAAAAGGCCUCCUUACUAGAGUUUAUAGCAAAGGAAGUGGAUGGACAGUGAUAUAUCGUUAUGAUGGACUUGGGAGACGCGUUUCGAGCAAAACCAGCCUGGGCCAACACCUUCAGUUUUUUUAUGCAGACCUCACCUAUCCAACAAGGAUAACUCAUGUAUAUAACCAUUCAAGUUCUGAAAUCACCUCUCUCUACUAUGACUUACAAGGACAUCUUUUUGCCAUGGAAAUUAGCAGUGGUGAUGAGUUCUACAUUGCAUCAGACAACACUGGAACACCCCUGGCCGUUUUUAGUAGCAAUGGUCUAAUGCUUAAACAGAUCCAGUACACAGCCUAUGGUGAGAUCUAUUUUGACUCCAAUCUUGACUUCCAGUUGGUAAUAGGAUUCCACGGAGGCCUAUAUGACCCUUUGACAAAACUAAUUCAUUUUGGCCAAAGAGAUUAUGAUAUACUGGCAGGUCGCUGGACUACACCUGACAUUGAACUCUGGAAAAAAAUAGGAAAGGAUCCAGCUCCUUUUAAUUUGUAUAUGUUUAGAAAUAACAAUCCAGCCAGCAAAAUACAUGAUGUGAAAGAUUAUAUCACAGAUGUUAACAGCUGGCUAGUGACAUUUGGCUUCCACCUGCACAAUGCUAUUCCUGGUUUCCCUGUGCCCAAAUUUGAUUUAACAGAGCCCUCUUACGAACUUGUGAAGAGUCAGCAAUGGGAUGAUGUACCGCCAAUUUCUGGAGUCCAACAACAAGUGGCCAGGGAAGCAAAGGCGUUCUUGUCCCUGGGGAAGAUGGCAGAAGUCCAGAUCAGCAAGUGUAGGCCUGGCAGUGAGAAAUCAUGGCUGUGGUUCGCAACUGUCAAGUCUCUGAUUGGGAAAGGGGUGAUGCUUGCUGUCAAUCAGGGCAAAGUACAGACUAACGUGCUCAACAUUGCAAACGAGGAUUGUAUCAAAGUGGCAGCAGUUCUGAACAACGCGUACUACCUGGAGAACUUGCAUUUCACCAUUGAAGGAAAAGACACACACUAUUUCAUAAAGACCACUUCGCCGGAGAGCGACCUAGGCACGCUGAGAUUGACAAGUGGCCGGAAAGCCUUGGAAAAUGGCAUCAACGUUACUGUUUCGCAGUCUACCACUGUAGUAAAUGGCAGGACUCGUAGGUUUGCUGAUGUUGAAAUGCAGUAUGGUGCACUGGCUCUUCAUGUCCGCUAUGGCAUGACUCUUGACGAGGAAAAGGCGCGGAUAUUAGAGCAGGCGAGGCAAAGGGCUUUAUCCAAUGCCUGGGCCAGAGAACAGCAAAGAGUGAGGGAUGGAGAAGAAGGUGCCAGGUUAUGGACCGAAGGGGAAAAGAGGCAGCUACUGAGUGCUGGAAAAGUCCAAGGAUAUGAUGGGUACUAUGUACUCUCCGUGGAGCAAUACCCUGAAUUAGCAGACAGCGCUAACAAUAUUCAGUUCCUUAGGCAAAGUGAGAUUGGAAAGAGGUAACACACUGGUUGAGCUGGGCUGCCAAAGAGACUGACUCUGUACCAGUGUCUUCAAAGAGGGAGACCAAAUGGUUUUGCUGCAUUACUACUUGAGCCUAAAUAUACACCUUUGCUCAGAUUUUUUUUCUGUAGCACAAUCUGAACAGACUCUACAAAGAAGAGAGAGCCUUCCGGAAGAAUGAUACUGCUAAAAAAAAAAAAGACUGGGUUUUUUUUCUGAAUGACCUUAAAGGUGAUCUGCUUUAAAGAAUAUGUUUACAUAUGCAUAUCGCUGCACUCUAGUUGGACUGAAAGUAUUAAAAUGAAAGGCCUAAAGGGUUGGGAACAGGCUGCCUAUUCCUCUGAGGCACUGUCUUUCACUAAGAUACCCAUACGGUGUUUCCAAAUAUUACUAAAUUGUUGACCUUUGCCUACAACAAAUCGUCUAUCUUCUCCUCUCUCUCUUUCUCUCUCCUUCUCUCACUCUCUCUCUUGAUCUCUUCCUCUCUCUGCAUAGGAUGUGGUAUAUAUCUCUGUUCAUUUUAAUAUGUGGGGGGCAAAAAACCUCUUGUUUAUGGACACCCUGAAGGCUUUAAACUGUGCUGCUUUCUAAAAGGACAUUGGCACAAGCAAUUUAUGCUACAAUGGGAAUUUAAUAAUGGAUUUUACAAUGAUCAUGUGGUUUGCCUCGGGGGCGGGGGUGGGGGCAGGAAUGGCAAGUGGAAUCCUUGUCAUAGAGAAGCAAAGGAAACCUUGAUUUUUUUGUAAAUUAUGUGAGACGAGUUGUUUAUGGAUUUUUAUAUGAAUUACAAUUUACUGUACAUCAAAUAUUAGUCUCAGAGGAGUUAAUUUAUGUAAAGUGUUUAAAAAAAGGUUUAUACAAAAUAAAAUGAUAAAAAUGUGCAGUGUGUGAAUUUUUUUAAAGGAAUUGCACCUUUUGUUAUGUUAUAGCUGUACAGUAUAAAGAGUUAUAUUGUAGAGAUAUAACAGUGUAUAACUAAUUGACAGAAGUGUUAAUAUUUUUGUAUUAGGCCUCAAAAAUGGUGCAUUUCAUGCCUGUGAAAGGACAGAGCGUUCACCAACUGCUAGGCCUGCAGAUCCUGUCCCUUUUUCUACCUUUGGAGCAUACUUUCCUGACUCAUUGCUGGGAGGGAGAGCAGCUAUGUAGGAGUCAUGUACAAUAAUGGCUGAUCUUUUCAUAGGGUGGGCUUGCUUUGACCUGUCCCAGCCCUCAAAGUGUCUCUAUUCAUUUUGCAGCUUGGUGAGGUAUUUUUAAAAUGUGGGUGUGAAGUGGCAUUAUGUGAUAAAAAGAACUAGGUCUCAGGUGCUUAGUGAGGAAUAUCUGAAUAGCUAUCUGGUGUAUACCCAAAGUAACAUAAAAAUGAGGGACAAGGUUUCUACCAAUGGUCCCUCUAACUGCGAUAGGGGACUGCAUGGAAAUUCCCUACCUCUGUGUGGAAGUGAGCCAACUGUGGGAGCUCCCCCACCAGCAGCCACCUAAGCUACACAGCACCCAUAUGGUGUCUGCGUGGCCACACAGCUUACAGAGAACAUUAGUUUCUACUUUUGUCUCCUUUUUCAUGGAGACAGUUCCAGCAUUUAAUGGGAAGAAAGAGAAAAAACUAGCAACACUUGUCACAUGGGUAAUUGAAACGCUAAACAAAUUAGUUGACCUUUAAGCCACUUUUCCACCAAAGAGAGUAUUCAGAAGUUCAAUCAGGAAAGAGAAUGUUUUUUUAAAAAAAAGUUUUAUCUUUAGUGCCAAAUCUACACCAGAAGGCUACCAUAGUUUUGGUACAACUUGCUGAUCAACACAGUCCAGUAGAGUAAGCCAGCUGAGUGAUUACCUGAAUGAGCCUUGGACUUGGUGCCCCCUCCUUCCCUCACAAGCUGCUAUACCCUCUCUUCCUAUUUUGAAGAAACUAGUGUCAGUUUGGAAACCAUCAUUUGAUCCUUAUGGCUUGCCAUGAUUUGGGGCAGAAGAGAGCAGAGCAUGUGAGGGAAGGAGAGACGGCAGCAUGAAGUACUGUGGCCAAAGGCUCGCUGACAUGAAACCAAACUAAGGCUUAAUGUUAGAUGUCAGCUGAGCUAUGUUAGGUCUGAGGUAUAAUGACAGCAGAACUUAGUGUGAACCAAAGCUCUCAACCAGUUUGAGCCAGAUUCUGGUGUCAGGUCUCAGGAUUAAACUGGACAUGAUGUCAGAUAUCCAUCAUAAAAAUCUAUUGUAUUUUAUAUGAAACUAAUUAGAAACCACAUAGGGCUGAGUGUAAGUCCAGGAAAUAAUUACCUGCUGCCUCAAUGCUCUAAUAACCCCUCUGAAGCUGCAAUUACACUGAGGGAGGGAAAGUACUUAUCACCACUUCAGAAGGGCGAAUUAAAUAGUUGAAGCCAUGGAGGUGCCCCUUAAUGGCCCUUCCAGCUUUUUAUAGCGGAGGAUGUUAGUCAGCUUUAAAGUAUGUUCAGUUUGACCCUCAGUAGUAGAACAUCUGAAAAAACAAUAGCAGGGAAUGCUUUUGAGCAUGUACUGAAUGGAUCUCUCACUACUGCCUAAGCACAGUCUGCUGCUCCACAUCUCAGUUUAGAGGGUAAAGUUUUCAUGCUAAAUGGAAGGACUCCCAAGCAGGCUCAUAACCUGGCGCUUCUUUUUAACAAUGAGUCCCUGACAAACUGUUUUGUCAUUUGGAUGCUAUGACAGCUUAUGUUCAGCCACUGGUAUACUUGCAAAUCUUAUAGUAUGCCCCCUAAUUUAGUAGCACAAAAUUUACUUGCACUUCCCAAAUUCUGAGAUUUUUCAGCCUCCAGUUUUUUAUUAAAAUCUAUUUUUCAAGCUCGCAACUUCAGAAUCUGCAUUUGCCAGGAAUCCCGCACUGAAGGGAAUGGCUGCAGCCCACCUUCAAAUCAAAUGUUACAAUAAAUUAUAUAGUUCUGAAAAGCUCAGUUUACAACGUUACUGAAUUCUGCAUGCCAAUCUGUUUAUUUCUGCACCUGCAUUUAGAAGUGCGGAAGUGAUCAGACAUAAAGAGAGCAUAAUUUAGGUUUCUUUAACAAUACCCCCCCCCCAAAAAAACCCACCCCCCAAAAAAAACCCACCCCCCACAGUUUUUUAUGGUCAAAGGUCCUUUUGGCUGAGCUCCAGAUUGACACACAGCGUGUUUUAAACUCCUUUUGAAAUGUAAACAAAAUGUUUAAUUUUUAUUGUGCUAUAUGCACUGUUCAGAAUGGUAAUAAAUUACAGCUGAAUGUGUCUUACAUAUAUAGAGGGAGUUAUGUGGAUGGAACAAAAAUAGUUUUCUACCUGCUUUCUACAGUAAGAUUCUAUAGUAUUAUGUGUGCUGUAGGGUGCACAGUAGGCGUCCUUGUCAAAAAGGCCAUUAACAGGUCAAGCAAGUGAUUGACAUUUAGUAGCAGAGCUAUUAUGAUCUGUUUGCCCCUUUGGUUAAACGUAUGGAACUGCUGACACUUAGAACAGACACUAGUAUUUUAUUAUAUUUAAAGUGCCAAUUAGCUUUUGUUUUUCAAGCCUCCAGCAGCCUGUAUUUAUUAAACGAAAAACGCUGAUUGCAGCUUUUUUUAAAAAAAAACUACUAGGUGUUUGUGAUUCUGUCGGAGAAGUUUUGAACAGCAUUGCAUUCAAGAGCUGUGAACCUAAGAGUCAGGCUCACAAAAGUGGUGGAAUGUAUUACAUUGUUCGAAUGUUACAGAAAAAAAAAUCUGUGUAUAGCAUCUCAAAAUGGAAGUAAAGCUUCUCAGUAGGAUGUGUUCUUAUUCUUUCGCCUGAAUUCUGGCACCAAUAAACACCAAACUAGGGUGUCUCAUGACUUGCAUUGUAGAUGAAAUCCAGUUACCCUUCUCCAUAGAAGCCUUUUUCCUACUUUUGAAAAGGAAAGUCUAUUCUGGACAACACUUGUACAUGAGAAAAUGACUAUGGGGAAUACAUAAACAAAAGGCCUUUUUUUAAAAAAAUGGAGGAAAUGUAUGAAAAUAUUGCCUAUGACAAUAAUGAGAUUCAAAGUAUUUUAGGCAAAGUCAGUCAAAAUGCUUUCAUGAUAUUUUGAAAUGUAAAUUUUGUCUAAUUUGUAUUGUUCUCUUCAUUUGCCUUCCUAACUUUAUAUGUGUCCUGAAUUUUUUCCACAACUUGAUGACUAUAGAUUGCAUCGGGGCUUUCCAAUAAAAGCCAAGCCAAUGUG